AUGGCGUCGAAACUGAUUCCCACGAAACAGUUCGUAUGCGCCAGUUGCCGCUACUCACAAGCAGCCUCUUCCCUCACCUUCCUCCGCCCGACAAGACCCUCCCGAUUCUCAAGCUCCUCCUCGACAGCACGCGCCUCACAACCGACACCCUCGUCCGAUCCCAAUAAUUCCCCGCAGAAGACAUCAUCAGAGGAUGCCACUCUCACAUCCCAAAAGACCGAUUCCUCUCCAGACAAGGAGAAAGGCGCACUAUACCGCCGACUCGAGCAAGCGACCGAGGACGCCCUAACGAGCGGCGGCCGCGCGGGCUGGCGAGCCGUCGAAGAUGCCGGGUUUUCGGAAGAGCUCAAGGCGAAACUCUAUGAUAAGGUCGCUGCCGCAAAAUUAAAUUCUGUUGAGGGUGUCGGCGGGGUGAACAUCGCGCCGGGCGCGGGAGCCGGAACGCGACUGCACGCCGACGGAAAGCACUGGACUGGUGAGGAGUCGCACGAGGACGCAGCUUUGAGGAUGCUGGACGAUUCGAAGAGGAAGCUGCCGCCUGAGCUGCGGGGACGGUCAGUGGUGGCACCGCCAACGUUGGGACGAGUUGGUGGCGGCCAGGUGGGAAAGGUGAAAAGAGCUGCGGCGGCUAGAGAGCUUGCUUCGAGCUAUCGCAUUGAGGGGAAGGGCUUGACGGAGGGGGAGAGGGAGGAGUUCCUGCGCGAGUUGAGGGAGAGGUUUCAACCUGGGGCGCGGGCGCUGCCGAAUACAAUAUCUGGGCUGGCCUCGUUGGCGAAUGAAAGAAUCGAGGAAGCUAUGGCUAGGGGGCAGUUUAAGAACAUCCCCCGAGGACCAGGAGUCGAGCGAGAUACCCGGGCCGACAACCCCUUCAUCGACACAACAGAGUACAUCAUGAACAAGAUGAUUAAGCGCCAGGACCUCGUUCCUCCUUGGAUCGACAAGCAACAGGAGCUCUCCAAAGCCGUCUCCAACUUCCGCGCCCGGCUCCGCAACGACUGGAAGAGACACGCCGCACGCACAAUCGCCAACCGGGGAGGAUCGCUCGAAGACAAGAUCCGCGCCGCGGAAGCCUACGCUCGCGCCGAAGCAGCGAGAAAUCCACCUAAACAAGACCAACCGGACAAGGCUCAAUCGGAAGGGCCUAACGCCGGCGGAAUCGAGACGGGUCCCGUCUUCAGGGAUCCUACCUGGGAGGCUACGGAAAUGUCCUACCUGAAGCUGGCGGUGGAGAAUCUCAACUCGCUCACGAGGUCGUAUAACCUCAUGGCGCCGGAACUCGCCAGGAAGCCUUACUUUUCUCUGGAGAGGGAGCUGGCGUCGUGUUUUGCCGAUGUGGCGCCCCUCGUGGCGGAAGAAAUCCGAUCUAGGGCGCUGGCGAAGCCUGCGCCGUCGCUGUUUGGGGGAGGGUUCGGCGGGGGCGGAGCCGGUGUUGGUUCUAUGGGAGGAGAUGGGGUGAAGGUUUACGAAAGGAUCGGUGGUGAAUAUGGGUUUAAGGAGAUGUGGAGAGAUUUUUGGGGUAAGAAGAAGGACAAGUCCUGA